AUCCCCAUAUUUUCGAAGAGUUUUGCGUCAGGCUUCAAGCACAAUUUAAAGGGAGUAAAUGUGCUGUUCAUGCAGAGUGAUGGUGGCUUGACACCAAUGAAUUCCUUCAACGGCUCACGAGCAAUUCUCUCAGGGCCUGCGGGUGGUGUAGUUGGCUAUGCAAUGACUACUUAUUGUAAGGAAACUACAUUGCCUAUCAUUGGAUUUGACAUGGGUGGUACAUCUACUGAUGUCAGUCGUUACAGUGGAAGUUACGAGCACGUUUACGAGAGCACAACUGCUGGAGUUACGAUUCAAGCACCGCAGCUUGAUGUGAAUACGGUGGCGGCUGGUGGUGGCUCUAUGCUGUUUUUUCGAUCGGGAAUCUUUCAAGUUGGACCGGAGAGUGCUGGAGCUCAUCCAGGACCCACUUGCUAUAAAAAAGGUGGACCACUUGCUGUGACAGAUGCUAAUCUGGCGCUUGGCCGACUACUUCCAGAAUAUUUUCCUAAGAUUUUUGGACCCAAGGAGAAUGAACCUCUUGAUAAAUCGGCGACUCUGAAAGCGUUCGAGAAGUUGAGUGAUACUAUAAACGAUUACCCACAAUCAUCACCAAUAACCAGCGAGAUCCCUCAAAGGAUGUCCUUGGAGGAAGUAGCAAUGGGUUUCUUGAAAGUAGCGAAUGAAGCUAUGUGUCGUCCCAUACGUGCUCUCACCCAGGCAAAAGGAUUCAACACCGCUGCACACGUUUUGGCUUGUUUCGGUGGAGCUGGAGGGCAGCAUGCUUGUGCCAUCGCGAGAUCCCUGGGUAUGGGUACAGUAUUUGUUCACAAGUAUGCGGGGAUUCUAUCAGCGUAUGGAAUGGCGCUGGCUGACGUUGUGGAAGAGGCACAAGAGCCUAGUGCUGAGGCCUACCAAAGGGAUGCUUUUUUGAAACUUGAUGAACGAUUGACAGCCCUAGAGGAGAACGUUCGAUUUAAAUUGAAAUCUCAAGGAUUUUCUGAUGAUCAAAUUCAAGUUCAAUAUUUUUUGCAUUUACGAUAUGAAGGAACAGAUUGUGCUUUAAUGUGUGUCCCAGAUCAUUCAAAAAAUGGUAGAAAUGACAAUAUCCCCAGACAUGGUGACUUUUUGAGCAGUUUUUUAGAGAGAUAUCAAACUGAAUUUGGAUUCACAAUGCCAAAUCGAAAAAUUGUGGUGAAUGAUGUGAGAGUUCGUGGCACUGGAAAAUCUGCAAUUCCGGAUGAACCAGAAUUGCCUCGAUCAACAAAUAGCCCCAAACUGGAGAAAGUAGCGAAGGUUUAUUUCGAGGAAGGCUAUCAAGACACAAAUGUGUACAAGAUGGAUGCGUUAUCACAUGGUCAUGUAAUCAAGGGUCCCGCCAUUAUCAUCGACAAUCUCAGCACAAUACUGAUAGAGCCUAAUUGCACAGCAGUAAUAACAUCUCGGGGGGACAUUCGCGUCACCAUUGGCCAGGGUUUACGAGCUAAUAUAACAACAGAACUCCAUGCAAUUCAUUUAAGUAUUUUUUCACACAGAUUUAUGAGUAUUGCUGAACAAAUGGGAAGGGUCCUCCAGCGUACAUCGAUCUCUACAAAUAUAAAAGAACGUCUCGACUUUUCUUGCGCAGUAUUUGGCCCAGAUGGUGGUCUCGUUUCAAAUGCACCUCAUAUACCGGUUCAUUUGGGCGCAAUGCAGGAGACUGUUCAGUAUCAAAUGAAAGCAUUCAAUGGUAAGUUCACACGGGGCGAUGUAAUCCUGGCUAAUCACCCUUCUGCUGGUGGGUCACAUCUUCCGGAUUUGACAGUCAUCACACCGGUCUUUCAUGGGGAUCUAGAGAAGCCUGUGUUCUUUGUCGCUAGUAGGGGACAUCAUGCGGACAUUGGGGGCAUUACGCCCGGGUCAAUGCCACCGCACUCAACUACACUGCUGCAGGAAGGUGCAACCUUCAAGAGUUUUCUGCUAGUCCACAAAGGUGUAUUUCGCGAGAAAGAAGUAACCGAAGCACUGAUGUCACCAGGCAAACAUCCCGGAAGCUCUGGUACUCGCAAUUUACCGGACAAUCUCAGUGAUCUUAAAGCUCAAAUUGCUGCUAAUCAUAAGGGCACGCAGCUGGUAAACGAGCUCAUCGACAUUUAUGGUUUGGACGUUGUCCAAGCAUAUAUGGGUCAUAUACAGAGUAAUGCAGAAAUGGCGGUGAGAGAGAUGCUUACAACUGUCGGAGAAAAGCUGCUGAGAAAAACAGGAAGUUGCGGGGUGACUGCCAGGGAUUAUCUGGACGAUGGCAGUGUUAUUCAACUUCGUUUGGAGGUUGAUAUCAAUAAGGGAGAGGCUGUCUGUGAUUUCACGGGUACUGGAUACGAAGUGUGGGGCAAUUGUAAUGCACCACGGGCUGUUACGUUAUCAGCAAUAAUUUAUUGUCUGAGGUGUAUCGUUGGCCGGGAUGUACCACUGAAUCAGGGAUGUUUGAAACCAGUCAAGAUAAUAAUACCGAAGGGUAGUUUACUGGACCCGUCUGAGGAGGCUGCAGUUGUUGGAGGGAAUGUUUUGACUUCACAAAGGGUUGUUGACGUGGUACUUGCGGCUUUUGGAGCUUGUGCAGCGUCUCAGGGAUGCAUGAACAAUGUGACUUUUGGGACAGAGUCCUGGGGAUAUUAUGAAACUGUUGCUGGGGGGAGUGGUGCAGGUCCAACAUGGGACGGUCGUGGAGGCAUUCACACUCACAUGACCAAUACAAGAAUCACUGACCCUGAAAUUCUGGAAUUGCGCUACCCAGUGAUACUAAGAAGAUUCUCCCUCCGUCCUAACAGCGGCGGUGAUGGUGCUUUCAAAGGCGGUGAUGGAGUCAUUCGUGAAAUCAUGUUCAGAUCACUCAUGACCCUGUCAGUGUUAACAGAGCGUAGGUCACACUGUCCACCGGGAAUGGAGGGCGGUCAUCCAGGUGUUCGUGGCCGAAAUACACUGAUAAGAGCCGAUAACAGACGAAUAAAUCUCGGCCCUAAAACCGCAGUACCAGUUUAUCCAGGGGAUACGUUCUUGUUAGAAACUCCAGGCGGCGGAGGAUACGGGACACCAGGCACGAGAUCGUCAGUAUUUCAGCAAGCAAACAAACUUUUUCUUGAACAUGGCAGUGUAUAUGAGUAUCGCAAAGCUCAAGAAUCCAUAUAAUUCCUCAACAAUUUGUCAACAAAACAGUUAUAUUCUGAUAAUGAAAAGUUUUAUUUUGUCAUGAAUUUUCUCGUUUGAAAUAAAAUCGUAUAUUACAACAAAA